GAAAAAAAAUCCGUAUUUUAUUACAUGUUUUUGUAGACAAUAUUUUAGGACUCGUAUGUAAAAAGCUUAAUGCUUUAUGUUCCUCAAUAAUCAGGGUAGUAAAUUUUUUGUUGUUGCAUAGCAUUUUGAUUUUUUGAUUUAAUUUUUUUAGACAUGUAGUUUAGUUUAAUUUGAGUUUGUAUUACCCUAUGGAUUUGUGUUAGAUUACAUAGUUGGGAAGUACUUGUUGAUGGUCUUUAGUACAAAUUUUGGUGUCAUUUUUUUUCAUAGAGACAACUAACAUUGAAUUACAAAUUUGCAGAUAUGCUUCCUGUCAGUUCAUUCUUUUCUAAUAGUAAAGUAUGUAUCGUCAACAACACCAAUUCAUACGAAGCAACAAUGAACUGUGAUAUGGCAACAUUUUGUCAUCUUCUUCCAAAUAAUGAUAAUGUUCAUUAUUGGUAUAACUUUGCAUUGGAGCACAAAAGCUCCAUUUGCUUAGAAUAUUGGGAGAGGCCCAUGUAGGGGAUGAUCAAAUAAUAUUAUUUUCUCAACCCGUGGACCAAAACUUUGAAGAUUGGACGCAACACAACCUUCUCAUCAAUCUUGACAAUCAUUUGACACCUUCGUUUAGGGCCCUUUUAUUGGAUAUGUUGAAGGGGAUAAAUUACCUUCAUAGUGAACUAAAGCAUGCACAUGGCGAAAUAUGCGGGGAAAACAUUUAUGUUAUUGAUGGCAGGGCAAAAUUUGCUAAUGUUGUGAAUAUUAGUUUUAAAAAAUCUUAUGUUGAUGAUAUCAAUGGCUUUUUGCAAAAUGGUCAGAUCAUCAUUCAAGGCCAAAAACAUCCCGCUUCCAUUAGAGUUACAGUAUCUUCUCUCAAGCUUGAUAAAACCGAAUGGGUUGUUUAAUUCUGUUAAUCACCCUGUUCUGUUGAAUGCAUACGGUAGAGCCAUGUACAAGCAUAUGGCACUUACGAGAAUCUAUCCUUUGAGAAAUUAUGGGAAGUUCAACCAAACAAUGAUUGCUAAAUAUCCUAUAGAAAAAAAGCAAGGCAGAAUUUUGAAUUUUUCUUGGAUUGAAAAAGUUAUGGAUGGGAAGCAAUCUUAUUCGUCAGUCUUGUAUUAUGACGCUAGCCAGCAACAUGGACCAAGCCAACAAAUUAGAUACGACGAUUCACCACUAGGGUUUUUACGAUUCAGCAGAAACGUUCAUCAUGUACACGAAACAGAUGAAGAAAAAGACAAGUAUUUGAAUUCAAUUGACCCGCAUUUUAUUGGGAUACUGCAUGAUGUACUUACUUCACAAUCUAUAUUCAUAAUUUUGGAGUGAUGGGUUCCCUUACAGGCAUUGAGGAGCAAACUUGGGCUCAAGAUAUUCAAUUUUAGAAAGAUGACAAGUGCUGAUACUAGAAGGUAUUUUGGAGGGCGAUUGUGUUUUGUUUGCUUAGAAAAGGAGGAGCUAUUGCGGAUUUCCUAUUUCUCACCUUUUUCUUUUACUGUUUCUUUUGUGAUCGAUGUCAUUCCUUUUGUGAAGGAUUUGAACACAACUACUGCUUUGUGAUUUGAGUUUGUUGUUUCUUUUGUGAAGGAUUUGGAACACAGCUACAGUUUUGUGGUUUGAGUAUAUUAGAAAUGAUUGUGUUGAAAAAAAAAAGAAUUGUAUUUUAAUGGUUGUGGUUACAAUGGGUAGUUUUAAUAUUAUGGUAAAUAUGGUCUUACUGUUAUACCAAGAGUUGCUUUAAGAUCUUAUAUAGUGCCAUGCCAUCUAUGUAAUGGAAGCAUGAGUAGGAGAAUGUAGUUAGAAUCGUAUGAGUGAAAUA